AUGGUGCCUGAGCUCGAUGAGAAGUCCGGGCGGGGACACCUCGAUCAAACCCCUGAAGAGGAACUUGAAGAGGAAUAUGAUUCUGAUUGCCUCGACUCGGAUGUUCCUGACGGUGGGGACGAGAAAGACAUGCUCGGCGACCUCGCGUGCUUCCCGGCCGAGGUGCGGGUCUUGAUAUACCGGCAGUACUUCUUUGGCGAGGGCCGGUCAUGCCAUGUCCGCCGUUCUACGAGAGACAUCCGUAGCCACGCGAAAGAAGACGCAGAGAACAAUAUCACGCCCAGGCCGUGCACGAUCGCGCACUCGCUGGCGAGCAACAUCAACGGCAUCGCCCUGCUCCAGACGAACAAGCAGAUAUACGCAGAGUCCCUCCCAGAACUGUACGCGCAGGCGCAGUUCCACUUCGACAGGCUGUGCCCGCUGCAGCACUUCCUCUCCGCGACGCCGGCCGCGAGCCUGUCGCGCGUGCGCUGCGUGCGGUUCGAGUGGGUGACGUACACGUUCAUCUACGGCUCCGACUACGUGGCCGACUACGUGGAGCGGAUCUGGGGCCCCGUGUGGGCGGGGCUCGUCGGGCUCGAGGGCCUGCGGGAGCUGACGGUGUCGGUGAGGCCCGGCUGGGCCGGCGGGUGGACGGUGCUCGGGGCGGCGAGGGAGAGGUGUGAGGACAUGCUGUUUGGGCCGGUGAGGAGGCUGGAGGCUGGGGGUGUUGUGCUGAGGUGUGAGGCGUGUUGA